UGAAAUAUUUUGUUUUUAGAGUUAACAUUUGACAUUUUGACGAAUAUAAAAUAAUCAAAUAUUCCAAGUCUCCAACCAGUCCCUAUUCAAACCAAAAACAGGGGGGAGAAUCCGGAAGUUCGUGCUGUUAUAGCUGAAAUAACGAUUCAAAGAAGAUUUGCGCGGCAUUGAUAUCAAUGUUUCACCAAUAUGCGACGCCAUUACAACCCUCGAAUCUCUCUAAUGGCCGCAAUACUACCAUUUACCAAAAGUCACCCACUUCGAAAACCCAUGAAUCUCAUAAAUAUUUACCCUUCAUAUUAUCUCUUCGACUUUUCAAAUGCUCAUUUCGUCGAAAAUGCGUCUUUUAUCUCAGCAUUCAGCACAAAAACCAGUUCCAAACCCUACAAAACUGAUCUCUCUCCUGAUUCUAUAAGGGUAGUUGAUAGUUUGAUUUCUAUCUUCACUCAGCAAUGUUUUGAGUCCAAAAACCAAGAACUGAGUCAACUCGGUUGCAGAAUCACCCCUGAAAUCGUCGAGAACGUGUUGAGAGGCAUUAGAAAUUGGAAAUUUGCGCACAAUUUCUUCACAUGGGCUAAAACUCAAAGAGGGUACUUUCAUAAUUGUUAUACUUAUAAUGUUAUGGCUUCAAUUCUAUCAGGUGUUCGACGAAAUGCCCAGCUGAAAGAUUUAGUUUUUGAUAUGAUUGAUUCUCGUUGUUUUAUAACUCCUGGGGCAUUGGGUUUUCUUAUUAGGUGCUUGGGUAGUGUGGGUUUGGUGGAAGAAGCUAACAUGUUAUUUGAUCAAGUUAGGGAGAUGGGUCUUUGUGUUCCAAAUAGUUAUAGCUAUAAUUGUUUGUUAGAGACUAUGUCGAAGUCGAGCUUGAGUGAUCAAGCCGAGAAGAGAUUGGAUGAAAUGCGUAGUUUUGGGUGGAUUGUUGAUAAGUAUACAAUGACUCCACUUCUGCAGGUUUACUGCAAUGCGAGGGAGUUCGAGAAGGCUCUGAUUGUUUUUAAUCAAAUGCUUGAAAGGGGUUGGGUCGACUCCCAUGUAUUGUCGAUCUUAGUUGUGUCGUUUAGCAAGUGGGGAGAAGUGGAUAGGGCUUUUGAGCUGAUUGAAAAGAUGGAAGAGUUCGGUUUGAGAUUGAAUGAGAAGACAUUUUAUGUAUUGAUACAUGGAUUUGUAUCUAAUUCUAAAGUUGAUAAGGCUCUUCAACUGUUUGACAAGAUGUGUGGAUCAGGAUUUUUGGCUGAUAUUGGUGUCUAUGAUGUGCUAAUUGGAGGUCUUUGCAAACUUAGAAAGCCUCAUAGAGCCCUGCAUUUGUACUCAGAAAUGAAAAAUGUCGGUAUCUCUCCUGACAUUGGUAUACUCGUGAAGCUUUUAUCAUCUGUUGAAGAAGAAGAGAUAAUGGCACAAUUACUUGAGGAAAACGGAGAGGGUCUUGAAAUUGAAUCGGUCAAACUGCUUUAUAAUUCUGUUUUGAAUGGUCUUGUUCGUAUUGGACUCAUUGAUAGAGCACUUGAGUUGGUGAAAAUGAUGAUGGAGGACGACACUCACAGUGGUAGUAGGUUGGAGAAGUUUUUCAAGCUUAAAGGAAUUGAUUGCUUGGAUUCAUCUUCCUUUAGUAUAAUCAUUAAUGUUUUAUGCCAAAACAGUAGAUUGGACGAAGCACUACAAGUCUUAGGAGCUAUGGAUAAAUUGGGCUUUCAAAAGGAUACAUUACUUUACAAUAACCUGAUAGAUGCUUUAAGCAAUGCUGAUAGAGUUCUUGAGAGUCUUCACCUCUUGGGAGAAAUGAAGCAGUUAGGAAUUGAGCCAACCCAUUUCACCUAUAAUUCCAUAUAUGGGUAUUUUUGUAGAAAAGGGGAUGUCAUAGGAGCUACAAGUACAAUGAAAGAGAUGUGUCUAUACCGGCAUCAACCAUGGAUAAAAAAUUCUACUACGCUUGUAAAGCAGCUUUGUAGACAUGGGAGAGCUGUGGAAGCUUCUACUUUUCUUGCUAAAAUGGUUGAAGAAGGUCUUGUUCCACAUCUAAUUCCAUAUUCUGUUGCUAUAGAUGGGUUUUUUAAACUUCGAAAAGUUGAUUGUGCCCUGGAGUUGUUUCAUAAUAUAUAUUCUCGUGGUUACAGACCUGAUGUUGUUGCUUACAACAUAUUGAUUAAUGGCCUCUGUAAAGCAAGUAGAAUGUCAGAAGCAGAGAACAUGUUGAAAGAGAUGCUGGCUCAGGGGCUUGUCCCGUCAACUGUAACUUAUAACUCUCUUAUUGAUGGAUGGUGCAAGAAUGGUAAUAUAGACCAAGCUAUGAUUUACUAUUCCAAAAUGGCUGGGGAAGACAGGGAGCCUAGUGUCAUAACCUAUACAACUCUAAUAGAUGGGUUAUGCAAUACUGGGAGACCCAAAGAUGCACUUAUGCUUUGGAACCAAAUGGAAGUAAAGGCGUGUUGCCCCAACAGAAUUGCUUUCAUGGCUUUGAUCAGUGGCCUCUCCAAGAUUGGUAUGCCAGAUAUGGCACUAUAUUAUCUCCAGGAAAUGGAGAAAAAGGAAAUGAGCGCUGACAGUUUUGUAUAUAUAGGUUUGAUGGAUUCUUUUUUAUUGCACAAGAAUCCUGUCUUGGCUUUGGACAUAUUGAAAAAGAUAAUUGACAAGAAAAUGUUCCCAGACCCCGUAGAUAGGAAUUAUGCAGUUGUAAGAAAUGCAAUAGCCAAACUGUAUGAUGAUCCACUUACUUCUUGCGAAAUCAACACACUUCUUGUUGAAAGUGGCAUCCCAACAGUGUGAACAGUGAAACUGGGUAAAUCCCGUCAUAUAUUCUGACGCUUGAGCUUGAACCAAUCAUUCAUCAAAAAGCUGAAGCUUCGACCGUGACCGUUAUAAUCACUCAUAGUGGAGUGGAUCGGAGCUUCAUGCUACAAGAACUGAUUCGGAGCUGUGUUGUUCAUCAUAUACGAAGAAGGUUGGUUGACUAGUUUACAAUCAUGAGUACAAAUAUUGCCAGAAGGUUUCACCAACAUAGAGAAUUUCUACAAAUUACGAGUCCUUUGGAGAUAGAUCAGUUUGCUGAUUCUGCAAUACCGUAAGGUGAGAAAUGAGCUGUUCCAGAUGAGCUGAAGGUGUGCUUGGUGCAUCAUCUUUCUUCCUCCUCAAGGCUGAGGGUAAAUGUCCAGUGGAAGCCAAGGGGAGGUUACACUUGAAACCGCAGAACAACGUCGUUGCAUCCAUUCCCUUGGAAAUAUAUCGGCAACAUGCAUCAUCGUACUUUCUAUCUUACAGAAGCAGACAGUUCAUACAAUUUUUCUUUUUCCUAUUUUGUUUUUGUAUAAUGUAUCAUGGUAUGUAAACUGUUGAGUUUGAUACUGUAAAAACAUGUAUGAUGUAUGUAAUUGCUCAAACAAGAGCUCACUGUUAGAUGUAAAUCAAUGCAAUUCGCAAUACCAAACUUCA